GAGACAGAUAUCAAAGUCCAAUGCGGCAAUGCCCCCCUCCAUUAAUCUGCGAAAAAAACCUGAAAAGUACAAAGCAAACCACCCUCCGAAUCCUACCUUCUCCUUCCUGGAGAGGAAGGAAGAGAGAUAAUCGGAGCAUAUGAUGAGGAGAUGGUGGUAGCAGGAGCAGUGGUUGGCGGCUUGGCGCGGCCACAGAGGCAUCCCAUUCCCACGCGGCCUCGCCCAAGAAUCCUCCUCUCCGGCCUCGACGCAUGCUCCUGUUUUUGGAAGGAAACGAAGUGAAGAAAAAGAUCAGAAAAGGCAACUAGAAUUCCAACAGCCUGUUCAUUGUUCUGUGAAAAAGGGGCAGUUCUUUUGCAGUGUGUAUCCAUUUAUUCGCUGUUUCUUUUGGUGGUUUUUUUGGAGGCGGAAAAAAAAUUCUGUUCGGGUGCCUGUUCCUGCGUGUUUCGAGGGUUUGCUCAGAGGAAGCAGAGGAUCGAAGGGGGAAAGAUUGUCUCUCUUUCUUUUUUUUUUCGCAUUUGGGUUCUGAGAUUGUUCCGCAACAGGGACCUUUCUUGCCUGUGAGAUUCUGAAUCGCCCGAGGCUGGAAAGAUUGAAACUUCACGGCGAGGUCUGCAUGUUUGGCUGAAGACGGAGGGGGAUAAAGGAAGCAGAGGGUCGGUCUGAUGAUGCAGUUCCGCAAUCUUCUUUCCUUUUGCGUGUUCAGGUCUUGAUGAGAUAUAUUCCUUCCUGUCAAGUUUCUCAAUUUUGACGUGAAUUCCGAGUCCGGGGCAUCUUGAGGAAACCGAGGAAGCACGGCAGAUACAAGGGUUUCUGUUGGGGCUAUCGGAUCAUUUCUCAUCUGUUUCUGCUUAUCUUCUCUUGGUUUCGCGAUUGCUCGAGAUUCAAAGAUUGGGUUUUGAUUGUCUGGAGAUUGAAGAAGCUAGUACCAUUGUUGGGUACUUGGGUUCACGGCUCAAGGGUCAAAGAAAAGGGGCAGACAUGGCUGUUCAGAUGAUUUAGCAGGUCAUUGUGUAGGAACAGUUGUCAGGCGCCACCUUGCUUUUUCCUGUAUUCAUCUGGUCUGGGUUCUUCGAACUAAGGUUGUAAACUUGCCUGGUGAUUAAACGAAUCUGUCUGACAAUGUUCUCCUCUAUCAUGGCAAAGAAGAGUUACAAACAGCGGUGCAAAUCUGAGAAGGUCCAUAUGGGCUGUAUGUCGGGCCUCAUCCACAUGUUUGACUUCCGUCGCAGUCCAAAACUUAUUUCAGAUGGGACGAUUAGGAGGAGUUCAGUCAGAAGUGACCUGAAAGGUUCUGAAGAUUUCCAUGGAAUCAUCUUUUCUGAUGAGGACAAAGACUAUGGGGUUAAAACAAUUCAUGCCAGCAGGCCAAGUAUUAAAGCACUGAUGGAAGAAGAGAUGGCCAGUGGAACGCAGAUCUUGAAGGAAACACAAAGGAACAUAUUUGGGAUACGUUCUGAUGAUUUGAAGUCUGUGAACCUGCAGGAAGGAUCUGAUGUUGACCUAGACUUGGCUACAAGUCUCAUGGAAUUAUACAGAAAUCAUAAUGGCAGUCGCGAUAUUAUCACUUCGGAAGUAUCAGAUCACUCUUCCAGUUUGAUUGACAAAGAGCACAAUACUGAUGCUAGUACUCAUCCUAAACAAAUCUCCUGUAGUAUAGAGAAAGCACUUGAAGCUGUGGCUGAAGCAGUAAUAACCCAUCAAUCUGCAAACGGGAAAUACACAAGCAGCAGCUACGAAGCUAGGCCCAAUGAAUUUCUUGAUGCAUUACAAUUGCUGAGCGCAAACGAAGAGUUCUUUCUGAUGCUUCUGAAAGACCCAAGCUCUAGGAUGUUGCAAUGCCUGCAGAACCUGUACACGGCACUAGGAAAUCCCAUGUUAGAACUGGCAGAAGAUGACAAACAAACAAAGUCGAAAGUUACCAUUAACAGUCUAGAGCAGUCUGAGGUUUCGAAAUACAGCGUGCAAAAAACACAUAAUUUUUUCUUGAAGGAGGAUAAGCUAGUCAUGAGGAGACCACCAAAACUGAAUGAUAGUCCUCGUGGCGUUAGCAGAAUAGUAAUAUUGAAGCCAAGUCCUGGAAGAAGUCAGACUAGUCUGAUUUCAAGUAGUGCAAUGUCGUCACCAGUACAAACUCGUGCUGAUUUGCAAGGUCAGGAACAAAGUGACAAAUAUGCUCGCCAUUUCUCACUUAGAGAGCUUAAAAGGAGGCUAAGGCUUGCCAUUAGUAACAAUCGAAAGGAUGUCAUGAGUAGUACUUUCCAGAAAGAUGAUUCAACACAACAGUUCAUUCUCGAGAGUAUGUCGACAAGUAUGGACUCUUCUGAAUGUGAAAAGGCUGAGAAACCCUCAAUAGUUGACAAGAAAACAAUCCCUGAAGAUAGUGGAAGUGGCAUGGGGAAUGAUGCCACUCAUUGUGCUAGCUCUUUCUUCUACGAAAAAGCUAAGAAGCAUCUAAUCGAGAGGCUAGACAAUCAAAAGAAUGACACUUCUCAGAUCGUACACAAAUCAGAACCCUUUGGGAAAUUACUUUCAUAUUCGGAGAAUGAUACGUUUUCUCAAACUGAUUGUCCUCAAGAGGAUGUUAAACUGUCAGAGGAUUCGACUGCUUCAUCAGCAUUACUGACGACUGAACAAGAGGAUAUUUCAUCAAAUUCUGACCCACCAAUGAAGUUUGGGGAGCUAAUACCAUUGGACACCAGCACAUCGGCUAACACACAGCUGGAUGAAUUUAAGACAGACCAUGCCAGUCAUCCAGUCAAAGAGGGCACUAUCUCGCAGGAGUUAACUAGUGAAGGGAUUGACAGCAUGAAUGAUGCAACAGAUACCCCCCAAGUCUCUAUUCAGAUCGAAACUUCAACUGAAAGCUUGGAACAAAUAAAUACCGACCAAUGCUUCGCAGAAGAGUCACAAACCAUGAAUGCAUUACCAGAAGUAUCCCUGCACACUCCAGAAAAAGUUAACGAGCAAUUCAAUCAUAGUCCAUCGGCAGUUGUUGGAUUAACCAAGCCAUCCAUCUUGACAUUUUCUUGCUCCCCGGAGAAUGCAGAUGACAAAGAGGAGAGACUGAGCCCUCAAUCUGUUCUAGAUUCUUUCCUGGGAGAUGGUAUCAGCCCCAGCCACAAAACUCGAACGCAAGAUGAAUUGUCCAUGCCAAGCACAAGGAUUCUGUUUAAAGAGGAUGACACUCCCUCGGGAACCCCAACUUUGCAAAACACACCACAAGAAGCUAUUUUGGAUGAUAAACAGGCAAGGCUUUCCUUCAUAAAGGUUGUGCUUGAGGCUUCAGACUUCUUGUCUGAGGAAAGUUCAGAGAUAUGGUAUGUGGACGGAUCACUGCUUGACACAUCUGUAUUGGCUGAAGUAGGAACUUUGUACUGCCUGACAGACGAUGCGGUGUUUCUCUUUGAUUGUGUGGAAGAAGCUCUUUGCAAGAUCAGGGAUAACUUUUUUGGUUGUGACCCUUGGGUAGCUUAUCUGAAACACAGUGUGAGGCCAGCUCCGGUAGGAACAGGGCUCAUUCAAGAGGUGGAUAAUUGCAUCGAUUCUCUUGUCAGUGAUGAGGUUCCAAGUACAUUAGAUCGGGUGGUGCUGAAAGACCUGGAGAGUGGAUCAUGGAUGGACCUUCGGGUUGAUACUGAAGAAGUUGCUAUAGAGGUGUGGGAUACUUUGCUUGAUGAUUUACUGGAGGAAAUGGUGUUUGACUUGUGGCUUUAAGAUUGUUUUGUUGCCAUCCGAUGGAAACUGAUAGAGUUUAUAGUUCGGCACUUCGGCAGGAUUUUAUUCACCAAAAACCAUAGUACAAAAAGCUUUGAAAAAGUGAGUGUGACAGAUUUAAACAGAGUGUAUACAGCGCAGUAGAGUUAGGCUUGCCUGACUGUUUGCAUCAUACUAUAAAUCUUGACUAUAUGUGGCUCCUAACACUAGGAAUUUUUCUUCUUAUUAAUGCUUCUUCUAUCAUUUCUGUUCUCUGUACAGGUGUGAAAGUAGGAAGAAUAAGUUCAGUUGUAUAUGUACUGCCUAAUUAUAGUUUUUUUUUUCCUCAUGAAAGUAAAACAAUUUCCCUUGUUUAUCAGAUACACCAUAGUGCUGCUCCA